AAAUUGGUAAUAAUAAUCUUAAUAAAUAAAACUUACGCGCAUAUCACGCAAGAUAUAGAAAUAAUAUUACUACCGAUAUCGAACCCGACAGGAGUAGAAAAGAUACCAAUAACAAUGAAAGUUUUCGGACGAUUGAUUCAACUGAAUCUGCGCAGAAGUGAUAAAAUUGUAUCGCCUGCGUUCGCAGGAUGGAAAUAUAAUGCGAAAAGCGUUACACAGAAAUUGUUAAAAUUAAACGUAUCAAGUCAUUGUUAUUAUAAUAUUAUCACGAAGAUCGUAUCAGCUCUGCGGCCAUCAACUUUUGUCAUGAACAUGGAUUGGAAGGACUUGUUUUUACGGAAAACGACAAAUUGGAGAUUUGGCCUUUGCGGAACGAGUUUACGCCUAUGUGCUUAAUCGACGAUUUUAGAGAACAAACAAAACUUUCAUUUGGAAAACCUUAUGUUAUCAAAAGAUCACAGAAAUAUUUUGCUGAUUCAAAUCUUCACCACUGGGAUAUGUUUAAACAGAAGCGACGUCACGUACGCAAUACGCAACAAAAUUUAACCAUGAAACUUGCCGUUUUCGUCGACGAAGCAUCAUAUAAUACGUCCAUGUCUAUUUUGGAUAAUGAUGAGGAUAAGUUGCACAAUAUUAUAUUAGCAUACGUGAAUCGCAUCCAGGCUGCCUUUAAUCAUCCCAGUUUGGAUAUCUUUAUGAAUAUUACCUUAAUACGUUUGAAGAUGCCGACAGAACAGCUGUCAAAAUUGCCAGUUUCUGACGGCGAAGCUGGCCAACUGCUCGAUUCGUUUUGCAAAUAUGCGAAUUUUCUCAAUCCUACGAACGAUGAUAAUCCGAAUCAUUGGGAUAUAGGCCUUUACUUAACCGGAAUAGAUCUUUAUGUAGAUAUUCUAGUAAAACAUAAAGGGCAUUACAAAAGUGAGAGGAAUUUUGAGAUUACGGGAAAGGCUCACUAUGAAGGCGUAUGCGAUUCGCUUCUCUCAUGCGCGAUAGCAGAAUUUCGUGAUCAAUCUGAAGUCGAAUACUCUCUUACUGCUAUUGAGAAAAUUGGUGAACUUUUAGGACUUAUACCAUAACAAAGUUCUGGCGAUUCGCAAAUGAUCGUAACAUGGUCCGAGUAUAGUCGUAAAAAAUCUAAAAAACUCUGGGAAAAAAAAACGUGUCUUAGAGAUCAAGCAAAAACGAUGAUCUCUAAAAAGGAAAAUGUCGAUAAAUCGCGAAAGAAAUUAACCAUAGAACUUGCCGUUUUCCUCGACAAAGCAGCGUAUCAUAUGUACAUGCCUAUUCUGGAUAAUGAUGAGGAUAAGUUACUCAAUAUGAUAUUAGCAUACGUGAACCAAAUUCAAGCUUUCUUUCAUCAUACAAGUUUCGCUACUCCAGUUGAUAUAUUAUUGGUACGAUUGGAAGUUAUGGAAAAACAACUGUCAACUUAUUUUAUCGGCAAAGAAAAUGAAUUGCUCUCUUUGUUCUGCAAUUACGCGUCAAUACAAAAUCCUCCAAAAGACGAUGAUCCCGAUCAUUGGGACAUUGGCCUUUAUCUAACCAGAAUAGAUCUUUAUAAGAUAGAAAACCCACAAAAAUAUUAUGACAUGAUAGGAAUGGCUUAUACCAAUUCCUCGUGUACCCACUAUUUUUCGUGCGCCAUAGUAGCAUUCGGUACUACAGGUCUGAACACACCCUCGGGUUUUAUGACGUCUCGUGCUGCUGCUCGUCAGAUCGGCCAUCUAUUAGGAAUAAAUCACGAUAAUGGCUCUUUCGAUUCGACGUGUGCGAAAGACAAAUACAUGAUGGCAGAUUUGCAAUACCGUCGGGGCCAGAUAGCAUGGUCCGAGUGUAGUCGUAACAUUGCGAAAGAACUCUGGAAAGCACAACCGUGUCUUCGCGAUCACACGAGACGAAAAAUUCUCGAAGAUGGAUUAGAGCAUUCAAGUUAUCGCGAUUUACCCGGAAGGAACUGGACUGCCAAAGCACAAUGUCAAUUAUUUUUACGCGACAAAGAUGCAAACGUAAUCACGUUGCAUGAUAUAUGUCAAGUCUUACAAUGCGAAACGCCUCACGAGAAUAAGUACUUCUUUGCAGGACCAGCACUGGAUGGAACUCAUUGUGCACUCGAGAAAGAAUGUCGCGGCGGAGAAUGCGUGCCCGUAAUCAAACCACCUCUCCCAUAUUGUAAAGAAGAUAACUGGAGUGAAUGGGAGGAAGACUCCUGUAAAAGCAAUUGCUUGACGAAAUCGAAAGGUGUGGUAAUCAAACGACGUUCUUGCAAACAUGCUACUUACAAAACGGCUAGUUGUAAUGGGCCAUAUUACGACGUGGUUCUGUGUAAUGACUCCAGCUUUUGCACUAAAGAACGCAAAACGAUUGCCGAAUAUACUGAUUUAAAAUGCACCGAAUUCAGCUUUAUAUUGAAAUCAUACUACAAAGAAUAUUUCAAGUACGUACCGAAAAUUGGGCCAGGACAGCAAAACUCUCAUGACGUUGGGAAACCGUGGAUAGCCUGCACCAUAUACUGUCAACGAGAAGAAAAAAUAUUUGCUAAUUAUAGUAUAUUUUAUUUCUACACACCACGCCUGGAAUUGCUUGAAUUAGAUGUCAACCCAUACUUUCCAGAUGGAACGUGGUGUCACGAGAAGGAUGGGCAAGAUUAUUACUGCCGUCAGCAUUAUUGUCUGCCGAAAAAUUAUUCAAUCGAAGAAUAAUUACCGAAAACUUCUCGAUUUGUGAGAACAAGGAUCUAAGAGAAAAUAAAAUUGCAAAACGCGCAUAAGUCAAUUUAAAUCUGGUUACUAUUUGUUUAGUAUGAAACCGAGGAUCCAUUGAGUUAUCAUCGUUACUUUUUAUUUUACGCAGUAAAUAAAUUUUUUGUUAGCAAAAGACAAAUUUAUAUGUGGAAAAAUACGUAGAAUUAUCGACAUUAGAAACAAAUUCCAAUCAAAAUUCAGAAAGUUGUUAGUAACCGCAGAGAGAAAAAAAAUUAAUAUUUCUUAAUUGACAUGGAUCUGAAAAAAUAACAUAAUGUUAAAUCAGUGCUCAGAAUUAAUUUAGCAUCUGAAUCGACUUUCGUCAUUCGUAAUUUGCUUUUCUUUCUUCAUCGCGCGCGCCGUUACAGCUAUAACCAAUGCAUUAAAAGUUGCGCUAUCGAAGUAAUAAGUGGGUUCUUCUGCGAUAAGAAUAUCAAUUACUUAAUGUUCAAACCUCAUGAAUUUUAUAAUGAACUAUUGAAAUAUAUAUUUAUUACUUAUAC